GGACGGAGGCGCGUCAUUCAAAAACCGUGGGCUGCGACUGUGACUUACCUGCCUCCUCCUCUCUCGGUGCCUGCUCAAACUACAAACCCUUUAUUUCACCUACUUGCGCAAACCAGCCUUACUUCUACACGAUACCCACCAAGCUCUUCCCAGACGAUCACAUCUCUCCAUCUUUCAUUCCCCCUUAACUAAUCCAGCAACUCUCUCUCUCUUCUCUUUCAGACAUUCACCAUGCUUGAGGCACGAUUGGACCAGGCGUCGAUCCUGAAGAAGGUGGUCGAGUCCAUCAAGGACCUUGUCCAAGAUUGCAACUUCGACUGCAAUGACUCGGGAAUCGCGCUGCAGGCCAUGGACAACUCGCACGUCGCGCUCGUGUCCAUGAUGCUCCAGGCCGACAGCUUCGCGCCGUACCGGUGCGACCGCAACAUCGCGCUGGGCGUCAACCUGACGUCCCUGACCAAGGUGCUCCGUGCCGCCCAGAACGAAGACAUCCUGACCAUCAAGGCCGAGGACGCGCCCGACAGCCUCAACCUGGUCUUUGAGAACGCCGAGAGCGACCGCCUGACCGAGUACGACCUCAAGCUCAUGGACAUUGACCAGGAGCACCUGGGCAUCCCCGAGACCGAGUACGCAGCCACCAUCAGCAUGCCCUCGGCCGAGUUCCGGAGAAUCAGCACGGAUCUGCUGGCCAUGUCCGAGUCUGUUACGAUCGAGGCGAGCAAGGACGGUGUCAAGUUCGCCUGCACCGGCGACAUUGGCAACGGUUCCGUGACUCUGCGCAGCCACCAAAAUGUCGAAAAGCCUAAGGAGAACAUCGAGAUUGAGCUGAGCGAGCCCGUGUCCCUGACCUUCUCCCUCAAGUACCUGGUCAACUUCUGCAAGGCCUCAUCCCUGUCGGACACGGUCAAGAUCUGCCUGUCCAACGAGGUGCCCCUGCUGGUUGAGUACAUUGUGAAGGGCAACAGCUACCUGCGCUUCUACCUGGCCCCGAAGAUCGGUGACGAUGAGUAAUUGCUUGGAGAGCGACUUUGAUGUACGAGCGAGGACAGGCGGCCGUGCGGCAGCAAUGUCUGGCCUUUGGAGACAGUCCUGUGCACCUCGUCCCGGAGGACGCCGCACCCCAUAUUAUGCUUGCCGGGUGGCCUGCCCGGCUCACCCCUUCAAGAGCAGGGGCAUACGGUCCAGGGUCCUGUUACAUGCGGUAUUGUGAAAAUUGGAGGAGGCGAGCCUGUGUCUGGGCGUUGCAGGAUAAUGCGCUUUUUAUCAUCAUAGAAAUGGGGAGUGCAGCAGCAUCAUGUUCGAUACGAUAUUCGACGUUAAUGAAAAACGAGACCAC